GCCCAUCUCUAUUAUAUUCUCAAUUUUCGAAGGUGACGUGUAUUCCGUUCCGUCUUGUUCUGUCUGUUGUAAUUUUGUUGGUUUUCACUGUCUCGUCUGGCAUGCGUGCGAACAUUAUUCGUAAUUUCAUCAUCUUGUCAUUGGCAUUGUACCCUAUACCAUGCAAAAUAUGUUAAAACACGCAAGUAUCUUUUCUGUCUUUCUGUGUAUUCUCCACUUUGGAGCUGGUCUAUAUUUUCAUAUCGGUGAAACUGAGCGAAAAUGCUUCAUUGAAGAGAUUCCCGAUGACACUACGGUUUUAGUCAAUUACAAAGUGGAACUUUAUGAUCCAAGAAGUGGAGGUUUUAUGCCAAGUAGUCCUGGCAUUGGUAUGCAUGUUGAAAUAAAGGAUCCUGAUGACAAACCUAUUCUCUCUCGAGUUUAUAGUUCUGAAGGUCGAAUUUCCUUUACCUCGCAUACUCCAGGAGAACAUGUAAUCUGCUUGUAUUCUAAUAGUACAGCCUGGUUCAGCGGUACUCAAUUGAGAGUACAUUUGGAUAUUCAAGUAGGGGAACAUGCGAUUGAUUAUGCCAAUGUAGCACAGAAAGAAAAAUUAUCAGAGCUUCAACUUAGAAUACGUCAGCUCUUAGAUCAAGUUGGACAAAUAACAAAGGAGCAAAAUUAUCAGAGGUAUCGAGAAGAGCGCUUUAGACAAACAUCUGAAAGUACUCAUCGCCGAGUGUUCUGGUGGUCUCUCACUCAGACGAUAGUUGUUUUAAUAAUGGGUGCAUGGCAAAUGAAACAUCUUAAGAGUUUCUUUGAGGCAAAGAAAUUGGUUUAAAUGUCAUGAUAAAACGCAGGUGUUGAUUUUAAUAGCAGUUGUAUCAUUUAUAUGUCUAAAUUGCAUUCAUAGCUUUAGGCAAUUUCUAUUAAUUGAGCACAGUGGUUGUCACAUCAACUAAUUUAUAUGAAAUUAUCAGUUAUUUUCUACAGUAAAUUAUUUGUGAUUGCAUUAUUGCCUAAUAUUCAGUAAGUUAAAAAAAUUAAAUGUCCCAAAAUAUUUUCUUAGUAA